AUGACCUGCAACUGCGGUAGAUUUCAUUUAAACCAUUUAUCAACCAUAACCUGCAACUCCGGUAGAUUUCAUCUAAACCAUUUAUCAACCAUGACCUGCAACUGCGGUAGAUUUCAUUUAAACCAUUUAUCAACCAUAACCUGCAACUCCGGUAGAUUUCAUCUAAACCAUUUAUCAACCAUAACCUUUAACUCCAGUAGAUUUCAACUAAACCAUUUAUUAACCAUAACCUGCAACUCCAGUAGAUUUCAUCUAAACCAUUUAUCAACCAUAACCUGCAACUCCGGUAGAUUUCAUCUAAACCAUUUAUUAACCUGCAACUCCGGUAGAUUUCAUUUAAACCAUUUAUCAGUUAUAACCUGCAACUCCGGUAGAUUUCAUCUAAACUAUUUAUCAACCAUAACCUGCAACUCCAGUAGAUUUCAUCUAAACCAUUUAUUAAUGAUAACCUGCAACUCCAGUAGAUUUCAUCUAAACCAUUUAUCAACCAUGACCUGCAACUCCGGUAGAUUUCAUCUAAACCAUUUAUCAACCAUGACCUGCAACUCCGGUAGAUUUCAUCUAAACCAUUUAUCAACCAUAACCUACAACUCCGGUAGAUUUCAUCUAAACCAUUUAUCAACCAUGACCUGCAACUGCGGUAGAUUUCAUUUAAACCAUUUAUCAACCAUAACCUGCAACUCCGGUAGAUUUCAUCUAAACCAUUUAUCAACCAUAACCUGCAACUCCGGUAGAUUUCAUCUAAACCAUUUAUCAACCAUAACCUGCAACUCCGGUAGAUUUCAUCUAAACCAUUUAUCAGUUAUAACCUAA